AUGGCAACCGACGAUAGUGUUACGUCAGACUUAAAUAGCAGUCUAACUGGUACAUCUGUUGGUGGUUCACAAUCACCAACAUCCGUUCAAUUAGCUGAUAUUGAUACUUUUACUGCAUAUUUGAAAAGAGUUUGUGCGCCAAUAUUAGAUUCAUCCGUUGAAUCACAAUAUGAUAUUGAUCGAUUAUUUUCGGAUAAACAAUCGGUAGAUUGUAUUAAAAAAUUUAUUAGUGAUAUACAAUGUCAAACAUUGUUAGUAUCAAAAACAGCCACUAUAAAAGAUGAUGAUGUGGUAACAACGACUAGUAGUGCAACAACUAGUGGUAGUAGUAGUGAUGCUGCAUCUAAUGAAAUAAUUAAUCAACAAGAACAACAACCCUCCUAUGUUUUAUCAACAGAAGUCCAUUAUAUUAAUCCAAAAAUGAUUAGUAUUGCAAUUUUAAAGCGUGGACAAUUGAUUGAAAAUGAUAAAAAAUAUCAUACACAACUACGUAUAAUGAAUCUUGUUGAUAGUUCACCGUAUGAAACAUUACACGCUUACGUUAGUCACGUUAUUGGUCCAUAUUUUAAAUCAUACGUUAGAGAAUCAGGAAAAGGUGAACGUGAUGGCGAUAAAAUGGCUCCGACAAUGGAAAAGAAAAUAUCCGAAUUGGAAAUGGGUUUAUUGCAUUUACAACAAAAUAUUGAAAUACCCGAAGUGAAUUUAAUCAUUCAUCCAAUUGUUGCUCAAGUUGUACAAAAGUGUGCUGAAGAACAACGUCGUCCAAAAGUCGAUGAUUUUAAUGAUUUUUUAACACAAACUGAAUUUUUAAAUAGUUUACAAUCACAUGUUAAUCGAUGGGUUAGAGAAAUACAAAAAGUAACAAAAUUAGAUAAAGAUCCAAUGAAAGGUUCAACAUUGCAAGAAAUAUCAUUUUGGUUAAAUUUGGAACGUUCACUUAAUCGUAUUCAAGAAAAACGUGAUUCAUUAGAAGUACAAUUAACGUUUGAUAUAUUGAAGACAGCAAAACGUUUUCAUGCUACUGUUGGUUUUGAUACGGAUACAGGAUUAAAACCCGCUUUAGAAACGGUAAAAGAUCAUUCAUUGUUAAUGAAAGAUUUUCCUCUUAAUGAUUUAUUAUCCGCCAAUGAAUUGGAUAAAAUUCGUCAAGCAUUAACAACAAUAUUUCAACAUUUAAAAAAAUUAAAAAAUUCAAGAUAUCCGGUGAACAGAGCUGGAAGACUAAUGGAAGCUGUAUCACAAGAUUUAACACAACAAAUGUUAAAAGUAUUAAAUACAUAUCGUUUAAUGCACAUAUCUUAUGUUGAUUUUGAACGUAUUCUUCAAUCGUGUGCCGAAGUAUUUACAACAUGGGAUGAUGAAUUUGAACGAUUACAAACACAAGUACGAGAACAAAGUCGUCGUGCGCGAACAACAGAUAUGAGAAUGGCAUGGCGUGUAACAUUAGUUCAUAAAAAAUUACAAGCACGUUUAGAACAUAUGAAAAAAUUUCGAAAACAACAUGAACAAUUACGCUCGGUUAUUGAUCGUGUUUUAAGACCAAUUACAGAAACAGCACAAGCAUUAACAACAGUUCAAUCACCAUCAGCUGAUGAUUCAGAUUCAACAGCAAAUUCAGUUUCAACGACAACAUCAUCAUCCUUGGAUAUAAAUGCCAUUGAUGAAGUUCAUCUAGCUUAUGAAAGUUGUAAAGAAAUUGAUGCAUUAGAUUUAUCAAAAGAAGGUCAAGAUGCAUGGGAAGCAGCAAUGAAACGAUAUGAUGCUCGUAUUGAUCGUGUUGAAGCACGCAUCACCUCAUUGUUACGUGAUCAAUUGGGUACAGCUAAAAAUGCGAAUGAAAUGUUUCGUAUUUUCUCACGUUUCAAUGAACUAUUUGUUCGACAACAUAUUGGUGGUGCAAUUAAAGAAUAUCAAACACAAUUAAUUCAACGUGUAAAAGAUGACAUUGAAUCAUUACAUGAAAAAUUUAAACAACAAUAUGCUCAUUCAAAAUCUUACAAAAUUAGUCGAUGCAAUGAUUUACCACCAGUAUCUGGAUCCAUUAUUUGGGCAAAACAAAUUGAAAAACAAUUGUUAACAUAUUUGAGACGUGUUGAACAUGUACUGGGUAAAGGUUGGGAAAAUCAUGUUGAAGGUCAACGUCUCAAACAAGAUGGUGAUAAUUUUAGAAAUAAACUUAAUACUCAACAACUAUUUGAAGAAUGGUGUAAAACUGUUACACAAAAAAAUCAUGGUCUCACAGGAAAAAUCUUUGCCACUGAAACAACGAGAACACCUAAUGGUCCCAUUACACGAUUGAAAGUCAAUUUUUCACCAGAAAUUAUUAUGCUCUCAAAAGAAGUUCGAAACAUUCGUGUUUUGGGUUUUCGUGUACCGUUACCAAUUAUAAAUAAAUCUCACCAAGCCAAUGUUCUUUAUCCAUUUGCUGUUUCAUUAAUUGAAAGUGUUCGAACAUAUGAUAAUGCCAUUGCUAAAUUAGCCGAUAGUCCAUCAUCUCAACUUUUAGUUGCUUCUCUCAAACGUGACAUACAAAAUCAUAUUAGUGAAGGUGCAUCGUACGUUUGGGAAUCUUAUCGUUUAGAACCAUUUGUUCAUAAAUUUUCGGAAGCUAUUUAUAAUUUUCAAGAACGUGUUGAUGAAUUAAUUAAUGUUGAAUCUAUAAUUGAACUUGAAUUAAAAUCACUUGAUACUUGUGUAUAUAAACAACAAUCAUUUACAGAUAUUUUGGCUAAAAUACAACGUUGUGUAGAUGAUUUAAGUUUAAGAUUGUAUUCAAAUUUACAACAAUGGGUACAACAAUUAGAUGAACAAAUUGAAAAAAAAUUAGCACAUCGAUUAUAUCUUGGUAUUCAACAAUGGACAAUAGUAUUGAAAAAAAAUCCAGGCGAUGAUGAUCAACAUCAACAACAUAAAGGUGAUCGAUAUCAUAUGGUAAAUGGUGAAAGACAGGGAUCAUUUUAUGCUGAUGAUGAUGAUUAUGGUCAAGUACCAACUACUCCAUCAACAUUAUCACAUCCUCAAUUAGAAUUAUUACCCGUUAUUAAAACAUUAUUACAUCAAAUUCGAACAUCAAAUCAAUUAUUAUAUAUUGAUCCACCUAUUAAUGAUGCUAGACAUCAAUUAAUUAGUCAAUUAUAUGACUAUGAAGGUAUCGUAAUAAAUCAAAAACGUAUUGCUCAUUCACGUUAUCAAAUUGGUGUUGAAACAGAAUCAGAAUAUAAGACAACAUUUAAAAAUUUAUUAACAAAAUUACCAACAUCAGCUGGUUCAUCAAAAGUUUUAGAAGAUGCUUAUGAACAAAUUGAAUUAUUAAUUCAAUUAGCAUCUGAUUAUGUAUCAACAUGGUUAGAUUUUCAAUCAUUAUGGGAUUUACAAACAGAUCAAUUAUAUGCACGUCUAGGUAAAGAUUUACAUUUAUGGAUGCAAUGUUUAAAUGAUAUGAAAGAUUCACGAAAAACAUUUGAUACACAAGAAACAUUAAAACAUUUUGGACCAAUUUCAAUUGAUUAUAAUAAAGUACAAACAAAAGUAACAAUGAAAUAUGAUUCAUGGCAUAAAGAAGUUUUAUCAAAAUUUGGACAAAUGUUAUCAGAUGAUAUGCAUGAAUUUCAUUCUCAUGUAUCAAAGGCUCGUAAUGAUUUAGAAUCACAAUCGUUGGAAGCAUCAACCACGGCUGAAGCCGUUGGUGUUAUUACCUAUGUUCAGAAUUUAAAACGUAAAAUGAAAACAUGGGAAAAACAAGUAGAUGAAUAUAAAGAAGCACAAAAAAUAUUAGAACGUCAACGUUAUCAAUUUCCAUCAAAUUGGCUCUAUGUUGAUAAUAUCGAUGGUGAAUGGGGUGCAUUUAAUGAAAUUUUACAACGAAAAAAUUCAUCAAUACAAAAUCAAGUCGUCACAUUAAGAAAUAAAAUUGUACAAGAAGAUAAAAUUGUUGAAACAAAAACAAAUGAUUUAUUACAAGAAUGGGAACGUGAUAAACCAGUUGCUGGACAUUUUAGUCCAAAUGAUGCUUUACAACAAUUAUCAACAUAUGAUUCAAAAUUACUUCGUUUAAAAGAAGAACGUGAUAAUAUUAUACGUGCUAAAGAAGCUUUAGAAUUAAAUGAAACUAUUUCACAAGAAUCACUUAAAAAUCGUGAACGUGUACAAGUAGCUAUUGAAGAAUUAUCUGAUUUAAAAGGUGUUUGGCAAGAAUUAUCAUCAAUAUGGAAACAAAUAUCAGAAUUAAAAGAUAAACAAUGGAUGUCUAUCCAACCAAGAAAAUUAAGAUCAUCAUUAGAAGAAUUAUUACAACAAUUACAAAAUUUACCACAACGAUUAAGACAAUAUGAAUCCUAUCAACAUGUUAAAAAUGUAUUACAAGGAUAUUUAAAAGUUAAUAUUUUGGUUGUUGAAUUAAAAUCUGAAGCAUUAAAAGAACGUCAUUGGAAACAAUUAAUGCGUCGUAUGUCAGUUUUAUGGAAUUUAAAUGAUAUGACAUUAGGACAAAUAUGGUCUAUUGAUUUACAACGUCAUGAACCAAUAAUACGUGAAAUAAUUACCAUUGCUCAAGGUGAAAAAGCAUUAGAAGAAUUUUUAAAACAAGUUAGUGAAAUAUGGAAAACAUAUCAAUUAGAAUUAAUAUCAUAUCAACAAAAAUGUAAAGUAAUUCGUGGAUGGGAUGAUUUAUUUAAUAAAAUUAAAGAACAUAUUAAUUCAAUAACAGCAAUGAAAUUGAGUCCUUAUUUUAAAGAAUUUGAAGAAGAAGCAUCCGUUUGGGAAGAUCGUUUAAAUCGUAUAAAUACCCUAUUUGAUGUUUGGAUUGAUGUUCAACGUCGUUGGGUCUAUCUUGAUGGUAUUUUUGGUUCAUCCGUUGAUAUUAAACAUUUAUUACCAGUUGAAACAUCAAGAUUUCAAAGUGUAUCAACAGAAUUUUUAGGUUUAAUGAAACGUGUACAAAAAUCACCAUUGGUCAUGGAUGUAUUAAAUGUUCAAGGUGUUUUAAAAACCUUAGAACGUUUAGCAGAAUUAUUGGCUAAAAUACAAAAAGCACUUGGUGAAUAUUUGGAACGUGAACGAGCAUCAUUUCCAAGAUUUUAUUUUGUUGGUGAUGAAGAUUUAUUAGAAAUUAUUGGUAAUUCAAAAAAUAUUGUUCGUUUACAAAAACAUUUUAAAAAAAUGUUUGCUGGUAUUCAUUCUAUACAAUUAAAUGAAGAUAGUACAAUUGUUGAGGGUAUAAUAUCGAAAGAAGGAGAAUAUGUUCAAUUUUUAACACCGGUAAACAUUAUUGAACAUCCAAAAAUAAAUGAAUGGUUAACAUUAAUUGAAACAGAAAUGAGAAAUACAUUAGCAUUAUUAUUAGCGCAAUCUGUACAAGAAUCACGUGGACAACAACAACAAAUUGAACGUGAACAAUAUUUAAAAUGGUUAGAUAAAUAUCAAGCACAACUUGUUACUCUAUCAGUACAAAUACAAUGGUCAGAAAAUGUUGAAUCAGCAUUAAAACAAAUUGAACAAUCAAAUAAACCAUCGAUGGAACCACUUGAACGUGUUUUAUCUACAAUUGAAAUGACAUUAAAUGUUUUAGCUGAUGCUGUUCUUCAUGAACAACCACCUGUUCGUCGACGAAAAUUAGAACAUUUAAUUAUUGAAUAUGUACAUCAACGGGAUGUAAUAAGAACAUUAAUUCAACAAAAAUGUUUAUCAAAUAAAAAUUUUUUAUGGUUAGCACAAAUGCGUUUUUAUUUUGAUCCAAAACAAUCGACAAUACUUCAACAACUUACUAUUCAAAUGGCUAAUGCUAAAUUUCAUUAUGGUUUUGAAUAUUUGGGAAUACAAGAAAAACUUGUACAAACACCUCUAACAGAUCGAUGUUAUUUAACAAUGACACAAGCUCUUGAAGCUCGAUUAGGUGGUUCACCAUUUGGACCAGCUGGAACUGGUAAAACGGAAUCAGUUAAAGCGUUAGGCAAUCAAUUGGGUCGUUUUGUACUUGUCUUUAAUUGUGAUGAAACGUUUGAUUUUCAAGCAAUGGGUCGAAUAUUUGUCGGUCUCUGUCAAGUGGGUGCAUGGGGUUGUUUCGAUGAAUUUAAUCGUUUAGAAGAACGAAUGUUAUCAGCUGUUUCACAACAAAUUCAAACUAUUCAAGAAGCACUCAAAGAAUUAACUAAUCCGGAACGUAAAUCAUCUGAAAUUAAAAUUGAACUCGUCUCAAAACAAGUGACUGUUAGUCCAGAUAUGGCCAUUUUUAUUACUAUGAAUCCGGAUUAUGCUGGUCGAUCAAAUUUGCCUGAUAAUUUGAAAAAACUGUUUCGUAGUUUGGCCAUGACACAACCAGAUCAAAUUCUAAUUGCUCAGGUCAUGUUAUAUUCACAAGGAUUUCGUCUUGCUGAAAAAUUAGCUCAAAAAAUUGUUCCAUUUUUUAAAUUAUGCAAUGAACAAUUAUCGAAUCAAUCACAUUAUGAUUUUGGUUUGAGAUCAUUAAAAAAUGUUUUAGUUAUGGCUGGAAAUAUAAAACGAGAAAAAAUACAAAAAGUACGUGAAGAAAAACGAGCAAAUAAUGAACAAGUUGAUGAGGGAAAAAUAGCUGAAACUUUACCAGAACAAGAAAUAUUAAUUCAAUCUAUCAUGGAAAGUUUUGUACCACGUCUUGUUGCUGAAGAUUUACCAUUAUUAUCAAGUUUAUUGUCGGAUGUAUUUCCUGGUGUGAAAUAUAAUCGUGGUGAAUUGAAAGAAUUAAAAGAAGAAAUUGUUAAAGUUUGUGAUGAAAUGAAUUUGGUUUGUAGUGAUAAAGAUCAAUCAGGAUCAUUGUGGUUAGAAAAAGUUUUACAAUUGUAUCAAAUAACAAAUUUAAAUCAUGGUUUAAUGAUGGUUGGACCACCUGGCAGUGGUAAAUCAUCGGCAUGGCGUGUCCUAUUAAAAGCAUUAGAACGUUUAGAAAAAGUGGAAGGUGUUGCUCAUGUUAUUGAUCCAAAAGCCAUAUCAAAAGAUGCUCUUUAUGGUACAUUAGAUCCGAAUACACGUGAAUGGACAGAUGGUUUGUUUACACAUGUUUUACGUAAAAUAAUUGAUAAUGUUCGUGGAGAAUUAACCAAACGUCAAUGGAUUAUUUUUGAUGGUGAUGUUGAUCCUGAAUGGGUUGAAAAUUUAAAUUCAGUUUUGGAUGAUAAUAAAUUAUUAACAUUACCCAAUGGUGAACGUUUAAAUUUACCAACAAAUGUACGAAUUAUGUUUGAAGUUCAAGAUUUAAGAUAUGCAACAUUGGCAACAGUGUCACGAUGUGGAAUGGUCUGGUUUAGUGAAGAUGUUCUAUCAUUAGAUAUGAUAUUUGAAAAUUAUUUUCGUAAAGUAAAAAAUGUUCCUGUCAGUGGUGAAGAAAGUGGUGAAGAUGUUGAUUUUAAAAUACCAUCAAGCGAUGUUUCGACAUCAUCGCCGACGACCGAUGAUAGUCCAUCACAAUCGCCCACAAUUAAUUUACAGCGUGUACUUGCCGCUAUUUUACGUCCCUCUUUUCUUCAAGAUGGUCUUGUUAUUAAAGCUCUUCAGUAUGCUCUUCAACAAGAACACAUUAUGGAUUUUACACGUUUAAGAGCGUUAAAUUCAUUAUUUUCAAUGUUAAAUCAAGCAAUACGAAAUAUAUUGAGAUAUAAUCAUACACAUCAAGAUUUUCAUAUGGCACAACAACAAAUGGAAUUAUAUAUAACACGAUGGCUUAUUUAUUCAUUACUGUGGUCAUUUGUUGGUGAUUGUAAAUCAAAAAUAAGAUACGAUUUUGGUGAAUAUUUACGUGCUAUAACAACGAUUCAAAUGCCAACAAAUCCUGCCAUACCUGUUAUCGAUUAUGAAGUAACAAUGGAUGGUGAAUGGUCACAAUGGAUAUCGAAAGUGCCUCUUGUCGAAAUAGAAACACAUCGUGUAGCAUCACCCGAUUUAGUUAUACCAACAAUUGAUACUAUUCGACAUGAAACAUUAUUAAAUACUUGGUUAGCUGAACAUAAACCAUUAGUUUUAUGUGGACCACCUGGUUCAGGAAAAACAAUGACAUUAUUUUCAGCAUUAAGAGCAUUACCAGAAUAUGAAGUUGUCGGAUUAAAUUUUUCAUCUGCAACUACACCCGAAUUAAUGUUAAAAACAUUCGAUCAUUAUUGUGAAUAUCGUCGUACUCCAAAUGGUGUUGUUCUCUCACCAAUUCAAUUAAAUAACUGGAUUAUUGUAUUUUGUGAUGAAAUUAAUUUACCUGAUGAAGAUAAAUAUGGUACACAACGAAUCAUUUCAUUCAUACGACAAAUUCUUGAACAUGGUGGAUUUUAUCGUACAUCAGAUCAACAAUGGGUCAAAUUAGAACGUAUACAAUUUGUUGGCGCUUGUAAUCCACCGACGGAUCCUGGUCGAAAACCGCUAUCACAUCGAUUUUUAAGACAUGUUCCGGUUAUCUAUGUCGAUUAUCCAGGUGAACUAUCAUUGAAACAAAUCUAUGGUACAUUUAAUCGUGCAAUGUUAAGAAUCAUUCCACCAUUGAAACCGUACGCUGAUGCGUUAACAAAUGCUAUGGUCGAAUUUUAUCUACUAUCACAAGAACAUUUUACUGUCGAUAUGCAACCUCAUUAUAUUUACAGUCCACGUGAAAUGACACGUUGGGUUCGUGGUUUGUACGAAGCACUUCGACCAUUGGAAACAUUAACUAUUGAAGGUUUAGUUCGUUUAUGGGCACAUGAAGCAUUACGGUUAUUUCAAGAUCGUCUUGUUCAACCAGAAGAACGUCAAUGGACUGAAGAACAUAUUGAUAUGAUUGCUCGUAAACAUUUUAUUAAUAUUGAUUUUCAUACAGCACUUGCACGUCCUAUACUCUAUUCAAAUUGGUUAUCAAAAGAUUAUUUACCAAUUGAACAAGAAAAAUUACGUGAAUAUGUUAAAGCAAGAUUGAAAGUAUUUUAUGAAGAAGAAUUAGAUGUACAAUUAGUAUUAUUUAAUGAAGUAUUGGAUCAUGUUUUAAGAAUUGAUCGAGUAUUUCGACAACCCCAAGGACAUGUAUUAUUGAUUGGUGUUAGUGGAAGUGGAAAAACGACAUUAUCAAGAUUUGUAGCAUGGAUCAAUGGAUUAAAUGUAUUUCAAAUUAAAGUACAUAAUAGAUAUUCAUCGGCCGAAUUUGACGAAGAUUUAAGAAAUGUUCUUAGACGAAGUGGUUGUAAAGGAGAAAGAAUUGCGUUUAUACUAGACGAAUCAAACAUGUUGGAUUCAUCAUUUUUGGAACGUAUGAAUACUCUAUUGGCAAAUGGUGAAGUGCCCGGUUUAUUUGAAGGUGAUGAGUUUACAACAUUAAUGACACAAUGUAAAGAAGGAGCACAACGUGAUGGUCUCAUGUUAAAUUCACAAGAAGAACUUUACAAAUGGUUUACAAAUGAAGUAAUUAAAAAUUUACAUGUUGUAUUUACUAUGAAUCCAUCAUCUGAAGGUCUCAAAGAUCGUGCAUCAACAUCACCAGCUCUAUUUAAUCGUUGUGUACUCAAUUGGAUGGGUGAUUGGUCAUUACAAGCUCUACAUCAAGUGGGAAAAGAAUUUACACAAAAUAUCGAUCUAGAAUCAUCAUCAUCCACAUCAAAAACACAAAAUGAUCGAGAAGCAGUAAAUCAAGCAUACGUCUAUGUUCAUCAAACACUUCAACAAGCGAAUAUUAAAAUUCAAAAGAAAGGUGGUCGUACAAUGUUUAUUACACCACGACAUUUUAUUGAUUUUAUUAAUCAUUUUGUUAAACUUUAUCGUGAAAAACGUUCUAAUUUAGAAGAUGAACAAUUACAUUUAAAUAAAGGUUUAGAUAAAAUUCGUGAAACAAUGAAAGAUGUUGAACAAUUACAAAAAUCAUUGGCCAUUAAACGAAAUGAAUUAGAACAAAAAAAUACAGCAGCUAAUUUAAAAUUAAAAGAUAUGAUUAAAGAUCAACAAGAAGCUGAAAAACAAAAAUUAACAUCACAAGAAUUACAAACAAAAUUACAACAUCAAUUAGCUGAAAUAGCAACAAAUAAACAACAAGUACAAUCACAACUUGAAAAUGUUGAACCGGCUGUUAUUGAAGCACAACAAGCAGUUAAAGGAAUUAAACGUCAACAUUUAGUAGAAAUUCGAAAUUUACCAAAUCCACCACCAUUAGUUAAAUUAGCAUUAGAAGCCAUUUGUUUACUAUUAGAUCAAGAGACAACCGAUUGGAAAAUGAUUCGAGGUGUAAUUAUGAAAGAUGAUUUUAUUAAUACAAUUAUACAAUUUAAAACAGAAAAUGUCAGUGGUGAUGUACGAGAAAAAAUGCAAUCACGUUAUAUUAGUAAUCCUGAAUUUACAUAUGAUAAAGUGAAUCGUGCAUCACAAGCUUGUGGUCCAAUGGUUAAAUGGGCUCGUGCACAAUUAGAAUAUGCCGAUAUGUUACAUCAAGUUGAACCAUUAAGAAAUAAAUUACUUGGAUUAGAAAAUGAUGCAUCAUUAAAUAAACAAAAAGCGGAUGAUCUUAUUGGUAAAAUUGAAAAUUUAGAACGUUCAAUAACAAAAUAUAAAUCUGAAUAUGCUGAAUUAAUAUCAGAAGCACAAGCAAUUAAAACAGAUUUAAAUACUGUGGAAGCAAAAGUUGAUCGUAGUGUAGCACUAUUAAAGUCACUUCUCAAUGAACAACAACGUUGGGAACAAGCAUCUGAAUCAUUUCAAACACAAAUGUCAACAAUGGUUGGUGAUGUGUUACUAUGUUCAGCAUUUAUGGCUUAUGCCGGCUACUAUGAUCAAAUUAUGCGUCAACAAUUAUUUAAUACAUGGACAAAUCAUUUAGAACAAUCGAAAAUUAAUUAUCAUAAAGGUUUAGCAAGAGUUGAAUAUUUAUCAAAUGCUGAUGAACGAUUAAGAUGGCAAGCUAAUUCAUUACCUAUUGAUGAUUUAUGUACAGAAAAUGCCAUUAUGUUGAAAAGAUUUAAUCGUUUUCCAUUAAUUAUUGAUCCAAGUGGACAAGCAGCCGAAUUUAUUAUGCACGAAUAUAAAGAUAAAAAAAUAACGAAAACAAGCUUUUUGGAUGAUUCAUUUCGUAAAAAUUUGGAAUCUGCUCUACGUUUUGGUAAUCCACUUGUUGUUCAAGAUGUCGAACGUUAUGAUCCGAUUUUAAAUCCAGUUCUCAAUCGUGAAGUUCGUCGUACUGGUGGUCGUACGCUAAUUACUAUCGGUGAUCAAGAUAUCGAUUUAUCACCGGCAUUUGUUAUUUUCUUGUUUACACGUGAUCCGUCUGUUGAAUUUCCGCCAGAUAUUUGUUCACGUGUAACAUUUGUUAAUUUUACUGUGACACGUGCCAGUUUACAAUCACAAUGUUUAAGUCAAGUACUUAAACAAGAACGUCCAGAUGUUGAUGAAAAAAGACGGGAUUUAUUGAAAUUACAAGGUGAAUUUCAACAACGUUUAAGACAUUUAGAAAAAGAUCUAUUAGAAUCGUUAAAUAAUGUCAAAGGACGAAUUUUGGAUGAUGAUACAAUAAUAACACGUUUGGAGACAUUGAAAAAAGAAGCAGCUGAUGUGACGAAAAAAGUACAAGACACAAACCAAGUUAUGAAAGAAAUUGAAACCGUAUCAAAACAAUACUUUACAUUAUCAGUUGCUUGUUCAAGCAUCUAUUUCACCAUGGAAUCAUUAAAUCAGAUUCACUUUCUCUAUCAAUAUUCGUUACAAUUUUUCUUGGAAAUGUUCAACGCUACUUUUACUGAAAAUGUUCACUUAACAAAUAAAACCGAUUACAAUGAACGAUUACAAAUCAUCACAUUCGAUUUAUUUCAAAUGAUUUAUACUCGUAUUGCGUUGGGUAUGUUACAUGAAGAUCGAAUUGUUCUUGCCCUACUAUUAGCUCGAAUAUAUUUGAAAUCAAUUCAAACUGAACCAAAUUAUGAAGACGAAUUUGAUAUACUCAUACGUGGAAAUUCUGAUACGACAUUGGAUGAAAAACAAGUGCAACAACAACGACAACAGCAACAAUCAAAAGCAUCAGAAGGUUUAACAGCGAAACAAACAGAAUCAAUGCUAAAAUUAUCAAAAUUACCUGCUUUUAAAUCUCUUCAAUCACAAGUAUUAUCGAAUCCAGAUUUUCCGAAAUGGAUUGAUGAAAUAAAUCCUGAAUUAAAAGUACCGCAAUUAUGGUUAGAAUUAACACCAUUAACAAAUAUUGGAAAACAAUUUCAUCGAUUACUUAUGGUACAAGUAUUUCGACCUGAUCGUCUAUUGUCAAUGGCUCGUAUUUUUGUUUCGACCGUAUUUGGUGAGCAAUUUUUAUCAGAAGCUGAUCAAGUACUUGAUUUGGGACCGAUUGUUGAAAAAGAAAUUCAAUCAACAAAACCUAUACUCAUGUGUUCUGUACCCGGGUAUGAUGCGAGUGGACGAGUUGAAGAUUUGGCAACACAAAUGAAUCAACAAAUUAUAUCGAUCGCUAUGGGAUCAGCAGAAGGUUUUAGUCAAGCUGAAAAUGCUAUUGCAGCGAGUGCACGAAAUGGACGAUGGGUACUGUUGAAAAACGUUCAUCUGGCACCACAAUGGUUAAUUACAUUAGAAAAACGUUUACAUGCCAUGCCAUCUCAUCAAUCAUUUCGUCUAUUUCUAUCCAUGGAAAUUCAUCCAAAAUUACCAUCGAAUUUGUUACGAAUGGGUCGAAUAUUUGUUCAUGAACCAGCACCGGGUAUUAGAGCAAAUUUACAACGAACAUUUAGUACAAUUCCUACUCAACGUAUGAAUCGUAUUCCGAAUGAACGUUCACGAAUAUAUUUCCUUUUGGCAUGGUUUCAUGCUAUUAUUCAAGAACGAUUACGAUACGUUCCAUUAGGUUGGUCAAAAAUGUACGAAUUUACCGAAGCCGAUUUGAAAUGUGCAUUGGAUACCAUUGAUACAUGGUUAGAUAUGAUAUCUAUGGGUCGAACAAAUUUACCGUUAGAUAAAAUACCAUGGGAAGCAUUAAGAACAUUAAUGUCACAAUGUAUUUAUGGUGGAAGAAUUGAUAAUCCAUUUGAUCAACGAUUGUUAAAUGCAUUUUUAACAAAAUUAUUCUCAUUAACAUCACUUUCAUCCGAUAUGAAAUUGAUUGUCGAAGAACAAGAUGAUGCUUUAACUCGUGGUAAACAAGGACAAUCUCCUGUUAUUUUAACAAUGCCUGACGGUAUUCGUCGUGAACAAUUCGUACAAUGGAUUGAAAAUUCUCUAAAAAAUCUUAUUCAACAACCAUCAUGGCUCGGAUUACCGAAUAAUGCUGAAGUUGUUUUAUUAACAAAUCGUGCUCGAGAAACUCUAACAAAAUUAUUAAAAAUGUCAUCGGUUAUGAAUCAAGAUGAAGAUGAUGAAGAAUUAGAUAUCAUCUUUUCAACAUCAGUAAAUGAUGAAAAAGAUUCAAAACAAAAAUCUAAAUCAAAAAUUGGUGUUGAAGAGGGUGAUACACGUCCAACAUGGAUGAAACAAUUGGAUGUAUCAUGUAAAACAUGGUUAAAAUUAUUACCUGAUAAAGUGACACAAAUGCGACGUACACAAGAAAAUAUUAAAGAUCCAUUAUUUCGAUUUUUUGAACGUGAAGUAAAUAUUGGUGCAAAAUUAUUACAAGUAAUACAAUCGGAUUUAAAAGAUGUUUGUAAUGUUUGUGAAUUGAAAAAAAAACAAACAAAUUAUCAUCGAAAUUUAAUUAGUGAACUUAUUCGAGGUGUUAUUCCUCAAUCAUGGAAACGUUAUACUGUACCAAAAACAUUGACUGUUGUACAAUGGAUAACCGAUUUUAGUGAUCGUGUUAAACAAUUAGAAAAAAUAUCAACAAUGGUAACUGAGCAAGGUUAUAAAUCCUUAAAAGCUUGUUCAAUUUGGUUAGGUGGUCUAUUUACACCUGAAGCCUAUGUGACAGCAACUCGUCAAUGGGUAGCACAAAUUAGUAUGUGGUCACUUGAAGAAUUAGUUUUAGAAGUUGUUAUUCAAGAUUCAAAAGAUAGUACAUCACCAUUAUUAGAUGAUUGUAGUUUUGCUGUUACCGGUUUACGUUUACAAGGUGCACAAUGUAAAUCAAAUAAAAUUAAUUUAUCAUCAUCAAUAUCAACGGAAUUAAAUUUAACAAUAUUUAAAUGGAUACGUAGUCCACCAGGAACAAUAAAACAACAUCAGAAUCGUAUAACAUUGCCCGUUUAUUUAAAUCCAACACGUUCUGAAUUAUUAUUUACAAUUGAUUUAGAACCAAUUGAUUCAUCGUUAACAGAAUUUGAUUUUUAUGAAAGAGGUGUGGCUAUUGUAACAUCACAAAUUGCUUAG